GGCUUGAACUUGAAGCCAACUAAAGACUAGUGAGGAUGGUGAAUGUGGAGAACAACACAGCAUUCCAUGACGUUGCACGAAAUUGUCACUUUGAAGCGGUGGAGUUACUGAUUCAGAGGGAUCCAAAAUUGGUUACGUUCGCUAAUAAUGCAGGGGAAUUCCCCUGUUUCUUGCAGUUGAUAUGAGGCAUAUGAGAAUUUCUUUGCUAUAUCUUCGAAACAACUCCAGUUUGUUCUGUCCAGGGAAGGAAUAACAUGAAUGCCUUGCAUCCGGCUGUUAUUCGCUCCCAAGUCCUGAAGGUAACACUGGAGCAUCUAUUACCUACCAGGCAAUAACCAUUUUAAUUUUAUGGAUGCCCUCUAUCCGCAAGAUACAUCCUAUCUUUCAGGCAGAGGAGCUGGAACCCUAUCUUUUAUCUUUCCAACUAGUCAUUCAAGUUUACUAGUCACAGCUUGAAAUGGGCACUAACAUUUUCCACCUCAUCAGCCAAUAGGUACAAGUAAGUGCACUUGCUUCAAGAUAUUUGCUCCUCCUUGGGAUCCUUUUUAAAUUGUUACCUAGAGGAAGAGGAGGCUAUAAAGUCUAUACUGCAAUAGCAUCACCCUUCUCAUUGUUAGUUUAUUCAUGCAUUCAAUGAUUUUACCCUUCUUUUAUGGUCAUAUAGUUUUUCUCUUCCAUGGUUGGCCUUGAUUAAGCAGUUAAUGGAAAAAUGCCAACCUGCAACCUCAGAAGCCUACAACUUUGGAGCAAACCUGGGUGAGCUGGAUAUCGUGGAUCAGUUUCUGUCAGCUGACAAUUCCGUUGCUUCCCUUCAAAGCAAAGAGGGCAUGACUGCUGUUCAUUUGGCUACAAAAGGUCACACUGCAGUGCUGCUAGCGAUGGUUGCAACUUGUCAGGAUAUUUGGGAUUUGCAAGACAAUAGAGGGCAGACAGCUCUUCAUGUUGCAGUUGAGAACCAAAAGAUUAACGUAGCGAAGGUUUUCCUAGACCUGGUUUCCGAGGAUCUUCUGUAUCAGCAAGAUAAUGAAGGAAACAUCUAUACCCCCUUAACUUCUGCUAUUGAGAGAUUGAUUAGGUCCUCGAUGAAGAAUGAAUAUGCUUGGAUGACUUUACACAUUGUAAAUUCUGGUGGCUUAGCAAGUACGGAAGGAGUGCUUAAGAGAUGCGGGUGUGGCGAUUCUGAGCAAAAGAAGGCAUCUUUCAAAGCAUUUGUUACAACUAAUAUCUUAGCAUUUUGUUUAUCAAGUGUCCCACUGUAUCUUCAUUGUUUUACUUCAUUGGUCGGAAGCAUGGGCUCCUUGCAUUCACAACAAAUUUCACAGUAACGCUCACUAGAUAUGCCGUCAGUGCUAGCCAAUUCCACUGGGCUGGCCAUCGCAGUUCUCUCAAUUGGUUGUUUCUACUUUGGUUUCCAGGGCAUUAUAGCUAUUGAAUAAAUUUGCGAGGAGAACUUGUGCAGUUCAAUAAGUUCUUUUCCCUGUGGGGAGAAGUUCAAGAGUUCCGAGUUUGUAUUAUGAUUCAUAUGUUUCUAACACACACUGCUCUAUGGCUGUAUAGAUAGGGCUAUAGUUCAUUGAAGGAUUAAUAAAAUGUCUUACAAAAGGAAAUUUCAUCCUUUUAUUUUUUUGGAAA